AUGCACUUCUCUACUGCCCUUCCUAUCCUGGCCGCUGGCCUCGUCUCUGCUGCCCCGGCCAUUCAGAAGCGUGCUUCCGAGCUCAACGAUGGAGUCAUCCUCAACUAUGCCCUUACUCUCGAGCACCUGGAGGACAACUUCUAUCGUCAGGGUCUUUCCAAUUUUACUGAGAAGGACUUUGCGGAUGCUGGUUACGACUCUACCUUUUAUAACAACAUCAAGAAGGUCUCCUCUGAUGAGACUUCGCAUGUUGACUUCCUCACCAAGGCUCUCAAGGCGGCUGGUGUCACACCUGUCCAGGAGUGCACGUACUCCUUCGGCGUCACAGAUGUCAAGUCCUUCCUCGCAACCGCCUCCGUCCUCGAGGGUGUCGGCGUCUCAGCUUAUCUCGGCGCCGCAGCCGACAUCAUGAGCAAGACCUACCUCACCGCCGCCGGGUCCAUCCUCACCGUCGAGGCCCGUCACUCAUCUUACAUCCGCGCUGGUCUUAAGCAAGCCCCCUUUGCCCAGCCCUUCGAUGCUCCUCUGAGCUACAACGAGGUCUACUCUCUUGCCUCAGGCUUCAUCACCGGUUGCCCUAAGGAGAACCCUGCUCUCCCCGUCAAGGCUUUCCCUGCCUUGGCUGCCUCUGCUUCUGGUAGUGAGAUCAAGACUGGUGAUACCGUUACUCUUCAGACACCUGGUUAUACCCUCGAGGGCGCUAAGGGCCAGAGUGUCUACGCUGCUUUCAUCGCCGUGACUGGCCCAACAUUCGUUGAGGCCAAGGCUGUUGACGGUGGUUUCUCCGUUGAGAUUCCUGAAGGCUUUGCUGGACAGACAUACGUUGUCCUCACUGGCUGCAAGGAUGUUGUCUCUGAUGAUACCGUCGCUGCUGGUCCUGCUAUCAUUGAGAUCUCCAGCUAA